UAUUCUGGAUUUUAAAACUGCUAACGAAGCAACCCAACGUUUGAUCACGGUUUUAUAAUACAUUGUUCUUUGAACUAAUUUUAGUUAGUUCAUUAUUUGUAAGAAUGUUUAUUUAUUACAUCUAGAAAACCCACCAGACUAGCUACUAAACGAAAGCUCGCUUUAAAAUUCACUAGCAUUAACUCGAACCGUUAAAAUCAAUGAAAGGACAAGUCUGUGCUUGUCCCAACGAUUAUUUAUAGUUGCGUUCAUAUGAUUCCGAUUACAGGAGCUAACCUUGUGCCAGAAACCAAAAUAUUCAAGUAUUAGAUCUCCUGAAGUUCAGCGCCGCCUCCUCCUCGCAGACAGUCCAGUAAACGCGAUGCUAUCGCAUUACGUGUGAGGGGACUUUCAGGAGGCGUUUAAAUGUGCGUGCACUAGAUGAUGUUUAUUCACUUUCUGACCGACGAGAACAGUACUCUUUAAAAAAAAAAAUCAUAAUCUAUCACUGUUUGCGCUCUCCUUUGGCUGUAGAUCUUCAACGUAUCUCCAGCAAACUCUUAACAGCGACAGAGGAUGUUUGAAAAAGCGACAAAGAAACUGGUCCAACAGAUAGAUCCAAAGGGUGCUCUUAUUGCGGCUUCCAGCCUAAAUAAUUCCAACAAAUUAAAGCCUCUUGCGGUGGUGCAGAAAAUCCAGAAAACCUGGUUCUGGCAGCAAACUAAAUACAAACCCACAGAAUUCAAACUCAAUGACCUGCUGGAAGGGGAUCCAAUUAAACCAGUGUGUGAGGAGGAAGAGCUUGUAAAGUUUGAGGGAGAGUAUAAAAACCUUGUAGCUGGAUCUGUAGAGCUGGGUUUUACUGCUGUCUGCCUAAAUGCUAAUGGACAGAGCACAUCGAAACUUUAUUUAUCCCUCGGAACACUUAAGAAGGAAGCUGUGGAUAUUCCCAAGCUUGUGAAGCUCACAAAUGGAAGGAAAUUGGACCUCACAGGCUCUUUUUUCAAGAAGCUCCCCAAUAAAAAAAAAACUUUAACCCUCCUUAAAGAGCGAAUUUUAAACACCAGUGACUGCUUUAUCUGCUACAUGGAACGGGAGAAGGCUGCCUGCUGUGCUGAGAUUCUUUGUACUGAGACUUACAUGAAAGACAGCGGUAAAUUUCAGUAUGGCUGUAAGACAAAAUUUCACAUCCCACCGGACACUGUGAUGGCUUACAGUGUCAUUGAAAUGACCAUCAGAAGUGACGGCUACUUCGAAUUGUGCGUUGGGCCCAGUGGGGUGGAAUCAGAUGAUAUUUCCCAGAUUGCCUUUCCCACUUUGUCAGAGGUCGACGGUCAAUGUCCACUUAUCCAGGAAGGUUUCCCCCUUACUAUUCUAAAAAAAGCUCUUGCAGAUGUGCAGGCUAGAUUUUGUGCACUGGCCGACUUGUGUGCUGAAAGCCGUUCUUCCAUCCUGCUCCUGUUGAGGAAAAUAUUGAUGGACCGAUCUGCCUUGUCAGCUUUGGUGGAUAGACUUGGGGUGUUAAGCAGCGGUGAAGCUCCCAGCUUCUUAACCAGCGAGUUGUCUGAAGAACAGAGUCAGAACAUUAGUGUAUUUUUGGACUUAUUGAAGUGUGAACAACUAGACAAGAUGUCAUCAACGUCAUUGUCAAGAUAUAAUGGAUGUCAGAUACCAACAAACAACCACAGCGAUCCUUCCUUGGCUUCUGAAUUAAAUGGAUCAAGCUCCACACCAGAAGAACAGAAUGGAUGUCACACAGCCGUAUCCCAUGAGAAUGGAUGCUCAACAAAAGCAAGCAGGAAGAACAUGGAGCUCAUGUAUGCCAUGCAAAUGCUGAUGAACGCUCUUGAGGAGCUGACGGAUGCUCCACUGGACUUGCUAGAGCCGUUCUGCACUUCUGAAGGUCUCCAAAGUCUACAGAAUUUAGUAAUUCAUCUGACUACAAGCGGUAUGCCUCUCUGCAAGGACACCAUCUCUGUUUUCCUCCAAAGUGAUGAUGACUUCCACAGAGUGGAGGAACUUUUUCAGUCAUGCAGUGUUUUACUGAGGAAAGAGAAUGACACGCUGACCUCAGAAAUAACCUGUAAAGAGGGAUUCCUCCCCAUGGUUCUGUGCAUUGCCAUCCAUGGCCUUGCAUCCUUUGUUGUUGCCUGAACUGACAGCUGAAAUAGGGAGUUAAAGUGAAGUCAUGUUUUCCCUGUUACUUAUUAAUGUAGUUAAUGCAGAAAUUACUUGCUUUAGUUUUAAUGUUCCUAUAUGUAGACAUUUACUUGCUUAUUAAUAUUUUUUGCACUAAUUUUUUCUUUGUUAAUUUCGUAAUAGUAAUAUAUCUCAAACAAGGUGCUUUUACGCGCAGUUUUUAAAUAUAUCUGCAAAUAAAGUUAUAUUUAUACACUACCUUUAUUAUUCCAGACAAUUUUAGUUUUUAUUUUUCAAAACUAAAAUACACUUUUCUUUUAUUACAGUGAAAUUGUAAGUCAAACAUCAUUUAAAAACUAUUUUAAAUUUAGUUAAAAGUAGUUUAUUUUGUUCUCUGAAACUGAUUUAGGUUUUUCGUAGAUCAUUUAUAAAUAACAGUGUUAAUUUAGUAUUUCUUUAUUAGGGUUCUCGUAUUAAAGUUCAUCAGAUCUUUAUAUAUAUAUAUAUGUUUGAUAGUAUAAAUGUUUUUGUUAUUUUGUGUUACCAUAUCAUAAUAAUAUAAUAACAAUGUUCUCAUUACUGCACUUCAGCUAUAUUUUUUUACUUCUAUGUAGAAUACAGUAUAUGGCAUUAUGCAAAUACCUUUAUUAUUGUGUAUCUCUCUGCAUAUCAGGAGUGAAUUCAGCGAUUCUCUCCAAAAGCUUCUGUUUGGUUGCUUCAUGCACUUAUUAUUAAAUGAAAAAGAGGAACAAAGAA